UCCCGACGCAUCACGCGCCAUCUGCUCGUGAAGCCACGCUUCUCUCUCUCUGGUUCGAGCACCCGACGAGAGCGGACGUGUCAUGCCUCGCACUCACGUUUCCUUAAAUUUCUUUGUAAAUAGUUAUAUUAGGCUCAAUGAAGAGUUGAAAUUUACUUAGCGAUUUAUUUGCCAAUUCGCCCUUCCCCUUUUACUUAGCUCUGGGAGCAGUACAAAGAAAUAAAGUGGUGACUCCAACGAUUCAAAGCUGCGGUUCGCAUCAAACGUGUUAGUGACGCUACAACAGUGCUUGUGAAUUGCCGCGCGAAGCCAUCUUGUGUGCCGUUUAUUCGCUGACUUCUUUGUUAGCUUUGUUCGUUGUUCCGAAUCCAACAUGGCCGACCUGGACGCCGUCGCUCUGUGCAAGUUGCCGACAUUUUGGCGCACUAACCCGGACCUUUGGUUCAUCCAUGCGGAGGCUCAGUUUCAAGUGCACCGCGUCACUUCUGACAAUUUGCGCUAUAGCGCUGUGCUGAUCGCUCUAGACGUUGAAAGCAUGCAAGAAGUGUCGGACUUGAUUCGUGCACCACCCGAGUCCGGAAAGUACGAGGCUUUCAAGGAGGCUGUUCAGGCGCGCUUUCUGCACAAGCUCUUUACGAGUGUCGAGCUUGGUGACAAGAAGCCGUCACAGCUGUUGCGCGAAAUGCGCAGCCUCGCCGGCAACCGCGUCGGAGACCAGGUUCUGCGCGUUAGAUGGCAAGAUCUGCUGCCGAUGCAAACGCGACACGUGCUGCUGCAUCUUAAAAAGCUGACGCUGGACGAGCUCGCCGAGAUCGCAGACGAACUGCACACCACUGGAUCAGCCGUCUGCGAGACCACCUUGACAACCACGGCAGCAGCGCAUCACACCAUCACUGCCCAGCUCUACGCUCUACAGCGCUCCAUAGAGAAGCUUACUGUCAUCGUCAGGCAGAACACGACGCGCCUUAACGAUUUCGCAGCCUCUCGCCCCAGCCGGUCACAGUCACGGAGGCCCCGGCAGUAGCCCGGACGUUCUGCCACGCCAGGACCAGACCCCGUCACUGGCCUCUGUUGGUACCAUAAGAGGUUCGGCGGGGAAGCCCGUACGUGCAGGAAACCGUGCACUUUCAAGAACCCAGUCGCUAGUCUUCAGGGAAACUAGAGCGGCACCUACCAGUCGCAGCUGCUCAAGGGACUCACGAGGAAGUCGCAGUUGAGUUGGAUCUGCGAAGCCGACCAAGCUUCCGACUGAUACAAGAGCAGCAUAGCCGCUGUAUCGACGUCUGCUUUCCUCACCUACCAACCAACACCGUCAUAGGCGCAGCCCUGGACCAGCAGAGUGAGGACGACACAUGGACUCCCAUUGGUUUCUUUUUGCGGAAGCUCUCCGACACUGAGCAAGGGUACUCUAUGUAUGACAGGGAUUCUUCGCAAUAUUCGCUGCAAUUAGACAUUUUCAGCGGAUCCUUGAGGGCAGACCUUUUCAGGAAUGAUAUCUUGAUAAAAUAUGGACACCACUGCUCAGAAACACAAAAAUCAGUUAUUUAA